UCUUCCGUCAAGCCUUACUCUGAGGACGUAAUUCUCCCCUUCUGGCAGCCAGCGCGGGGCUGCGGGACAGCUGUUGCUGACGCAGAGUGGUGUCCUGCAGUGAAACCGGAGGAGUCGCUCCAGAAAAAAGAAAACAUGGACUCUGACUAUAUAAAAAGACAUCUUGGAAAAUGCCUGGCAGACGGACUGGCUGAAGUGGCCGAGCAGCGUCCUGUGAAUCCAAUCCUUUAUCUGGCCCACUGGCUUCACAAGUACAACGCAAAUGUUGAAUAUGAGACAGAGAAAAAGGCCCAUUUGGCUGUCCUGGAGCAGGAGCGGGCAAAAGCCAGGGAGGAGGCGUUGCACCAGGAGAAGCUGAGGGAGGAGGAGCAAAAGAUCAGUGAGGCCUUGGAAGAGUCUAAAAAAGUGAAGAUUACAGAUAAUGUAACCAGACCAAAGUCUGCUGAGAGGAAACCUGUGGAGGAGGUCAGCUCUUCUCCCUCUGAGACCCUCAGCACAGAGGUGAAAGAGGAAUCUACAGAAAUACCUGCUGAAAAAACUGAAGUGGAGCCGAGAAGUGAUCAAGCAGAAGAGAAAACGGAGGAGGAGCCGAGUGACAAUCAUGUAGAGGAGAAAGGCCAAGAUGAGGAUAAGGUGGUCGAUCAGGCCCACACCACUGACCCUGAGCAGACUGAACCACACUCAACACUCGACAGCCAAAACACUGAUGAUUUAAAAACAGACAAAACAGAGGAGCCACACAACAAACAAGGCCCCCAUUCCCCUGAGCCUCAAGACCCACAGAAGAACAUUAAUGAAGACAAAACUGAUGAACCUGCAGAUUCAACCCAAGUUGAGUCAACCUCAGCCCCACAGAGUGAAGAUCCCAAACCAGAGGAGACAGUUUCAACUGAAGAACAGAUGACAAAAACUGAGGAACAGGAGACACACAGAUCAAGUUCUCCUCCUACUCAGGAGCAGGAAAAGGAGGCAGACGAGCAACACACAAGUGAGACCGCUGAUAGCUUGGCUCCAGCUGAGCCUGAUGUAACAGCAGAGGGGACGAUGUUGAGUGACAGAACAGAGACUUCACAAGGGGAACGCGACAAGGAAGACUCCAAGGAGAAGGUGGAGAAGGAGGAAGAAAAAGGGGCAGAUCAAACAUGAUCAAGCCAGUGUUGACGAUCCACCAACCACUGAUCCAUCUUUUAUAUAAGUUACAAAAGUAUGUUUAGUUUAGCAGAUAUGUGUAUGCAAAUAUAACAUACACAAGCAUGAAAUAAAUGUUUUUUUU